UCCCUCUGAUCAGCGAAGAAGCUGAUUGAUCCGUACUUCUUCGGCUCACGUCGCUGACCUGAAUGUUGCAAGAGAAGAUGUUCCACGGCCCUGAAGGCAACUCAGCACCAAACUGUAGACUGACAAAGUUGGCAGAGGCACUUAUUUCAUUUUGUUUUUUCACCCCCCCCCCCUCAGAUCAGGGGCAGAGCUGCUGUGUGUCCAUCACCUCAUGAACAGCCGGUCACGCCUCCGCCCGUCCAAUGAGUUGGUUACAGUACGUGACUGCAAGUUGAUGAACAAAUGUCUCCCUCUCUCCUCCUGAUCGCUCCUCUCGCGUCUGCUCCGUUUGAAGACAAGGGCCUUUUUGUGCGAGGAGGGAAAUCAUAGGACUCACAUGGUCUGGAGGAGAGAAAGUGAGUGAUCAGAGCGAAGGACCGGGGGGACGUUCAGAGGGAGAAGACGAGCAGGCAGAGGAGCGGAGCCAGGUCGUCCUGAGCUGGACACGGACUCUCAGAACUUGGACGACAGUGAAUUGGAUCGGAGCCAGGCCGGUCUUAAAACAUGGAAAAUGGGAAGACGGAAAACAUGGUGGAGGGUGUGUCGGAAGAUAAAGACGAACACGUGGAGGAGGGGAACCUGGAGAUCGCGCAGCUGCAGGGCCUGGUGGCCGAGCUGCGCGAGGGGCUCCACGCCGCUCUGACGGAGCUGCGCGAGCUGCGUCAGAGGGACCGCGGCCUGGAGGAGAAGCUCCGGACGCGUCAGACCGACGUGGACGACAAGAUAAUGGGCCUCAAGAACUCGCUGAACACCGUCAAGGAAGAGUUGAAUGUGGCUUUGUUCCACGUCCGGGACGUUUCCGGCAAACAGAGGGAGAUUCAGAGGAAGAUAGAACUGCUGCAGACGGAAAACACCCACGACACCAUCUCCCUUCCUCACAGCAGGAAGAACUCCAAGGCGGACGUGCCAGCGGCGCCAGGGGACGACCACGUCUGUGUGCCCAGCCAAUCAGAGCUCAGCGUUAUUCAGCACUUCUUUUCCAGCCUGCCACACGGUGGGUCGACGCAGAGGAGCUUCACUUCGACACAUGCUCCCUCCACCUUUGAGCAGGAGGCUCAGCCGCCGCCGCAGCAGCAGAGAGGUUGUCCGGCGUGGGGAGAGAGGAAGACGAGCAGAGACGACACAGAAUCCCUCUGCAGUCAGACCGAACCCAAUAAGAGGCAGAGAGCGGCUCUGGAGCUGCUGGAGUCGGAGCGAGUUUAUGUCUCCCACUUGUCUCUGCUGCUGAAGGCCAACAUCUCCUUCAACGGGUCGGAGGCACUCGCCCCAAAAGACAAGCGUCCGUUCCCCAGCUCCCUGCGGUUCCUGAUCCAGCAGCAUCUGGAGCUGCUCCACACGCUGCAGGAGCGUGUGCUCAAGUGCCAGUGGCAAGGCAUCAUGGGGGAUGUGUUCAUGAGGCUGACCAGCAAAGAGAGCGACUUCUUGGACUUUUACGUUUCCUACCUGAAGGAGCUUCCCGACUGUCUGUCAGUCGUCACCAUGCUCGCCUCCAGCUCCAUGAAAUCUUCCGCUCUCCUGGAGAGCGACAUCAUGGGCGACGAAUCCAAACCCUCCCUCCACACCCUGCUCCUCCAGCCGGUGCAGAGGAUCCCAGAGUACCUGCUGCUGCUGCAGGGGCUGCUGAGGCAGACGGAGGCGGAGCACCCCGACUACUACCUGCUGCUGGUUUGCAUCCAGCAGUUCAGGAGCUUCACAGCUCAGUACCACCACCUCCUCCAGCACAACCAGGAGCUUCUGCUGCACAACCGCACGGAGGUGAAGAGGUCGACCAUGAAACAGCUGUUAAUGACAGUAGAGAGUGGAAUCAAGUCCAACAACAUUGGCUCACCGUAUCCUUGCAGCGGUGCCAUGAUGGAACAUGCGAACCAGGUGAAGCGCAGCAAACAGCGGCUCCUGGAGCAGAUGCAGUCUCACCGCUUCCAGGACUGGGAGCGGGACCGGGAUCCCGAAGGGCACUGUUACGACUCGGACUGGCCCCCGCAGCUCCCGUUCUUCAGCCCCGACCUGGACCCCCGGAGCCACAAGCCAACAGGUCUUGGCAUUAUCCCUGAGCGAGAGCCGUCUGACAGGUCCAUGUCGUGCCAGCACCAUCUUCCCUCCAGACCUGCAGACUUCCGCCAGGUUCAACCGGGCUCCGCACUGGCCGACGCUCUCGGAGAGUUCCUCCUCCCCCCGGACCCCCCGGGGAUGGAGAGUCUCUAUGAGGAGGAGGGAGGCUCCCUUCACGACGUCUCCGUGUUCGACCGCUGCUCGUCCGCCUCGUCGGACUCCUCCAUCGACAUUGCCUUCGUGAAGUGCCCCAAAGCCCCGUCGGCAUCCCAUCACGCCAUGGCGGCGAACGUGUCCUCGACCCGCGACGUCUUUGGCAACGGCGGAAGCCCAGGCAAAGGUUACGGCAAGCUGCCCAGCCGAGGGUGCGUGUCCCCGGACGAUGCUGUGCUGACGCGCCGCCAUCAGCAUCGUCCCCUCCAAGCCAGCCAGCGUAAGAGCAAGUCCUUGAACGGCCUCCAGAUGGACACGGUGAGCGGUAUGGACGGUGGACCUCUGUCAGACCACCUCCAAAGAGUUGGACUGGGCAGCCAUGCGAAGCUGGAGCGCCAGGGCAGCAAGGGCAGCAAAGGGUGUCCAACUCCGUCCCGUAAGGUCCACAGCCCCCUGGGAAACAGGGCGGACGCAGACAAACCGAGCGACGAUCUCCAUGGGCUGCUCAGCAUUGACCAAUCAUGGGGGGAUGAGACGAAGUGGAGGGGCGGGACAGAGGAGAACAACCACUCAGCCUUCAGCGAGAGGAGUCGGAAGCAGGACAAAGGAGGCUUCAGGAGCUCGUUCAAGAAACUCUUCAAGAAGAAGAGCGGCGAUGAGAAGAAAGACAAGGCAGGUGAGAAAACACCAGAAAACCAAAACGGCGGCGAACACGACACGCCGGGGAAGAACCCCAGACUGGUGCAUCUGGAGAUCAACCGCGGCACAGCUGUAUGAACGCCACUACAUCCGGCACGGAGACGCCCUGUGUGUGUGCUGCAUGCGUGUUCAAGCACACACAGGCUGCAACUGCUGUAUAAAUGUUGUACAGAUAUAUAAUCCAUUUGGCUGACCAGCAUUUGCUGUAAACAUUUCAAAGUAUAAAUCAAAAAAAACAAAACGUCCUGACUCUGCCUGCAGGGACAGUAUUUGACGUGGUUGUACAGUUGGAUGCCUUUUAUUUUUGUUUUGAUCAAAGCAGUCGCUUGUAUUUUUGCUCGUUUGCGGAGUUAUUUCAUGAAUCUUUCGAGGACGGUAUCACUUGCCAACACCGGAGUGACACAGGAAGAUUAAAUUUCAAAACUUUGAUUGAAUUUGACUGAAAAACCAACUUUUUUUGGGACAGUUUAAAUGAAUUGGUGGCUCCAUACUUGACCACUAGAGGGUGUUGUUUAACGCUUUACAUGUCCAUACUUCCUAUAUUGUAAAUAUCUCUGCUCUACCUCCACUUCCUGAAGUUUUUCAGAUGACUAACACUGUUUUCCUAAUUUUUUUUCUCAAGCUGUCUCAUUUGCAUACCCAGCUUUCAAAUCUGCGCAAACCUACUUGCUAGCAUUUUGUGCGCAAAGCAUAUUGGAGAACAACCAUCAUUGUAUAUCCUUUCGAUGAUAGACCAUUAUGUUUAAAGAAUCAAUAGAAUUAAAGAAUGAAUGAUUAAA